AUGAAGAGUUCAAACUCUAGUGACAUAAUAAAUCCUUAUUCAAUUUAUUCGUCAGACGAUGAAGAUGAAGAAGAACUGGAGGAAAUACAGAGGGAGCAAGAUGAGAAGGAAUGGACUGCUUUAUGUCAAAUAGCAGGUAAAUUGAUAUUGAUGUAUUACAAAAAAUACCUAUGCAAGGAACCUUGUCGUACAUCUAGUCGCUCCGGAAAUGCAUUUAUUCAAGAGAUAUUAAGAGGAAACGAGACUCAUUGUUAUGAAAAUUUUCGAUUGAGGAAGUCGGUGUUUGUUGAUCUAUCGAAUGACUUAACUGAAAAGUAUGGGCUUAAACCCACACGUGGAAUGUCUAUACACGAGAUGUUAGGCAUGUUCUUGAUGACUUGUGCACAUGGAGCUGGAAAUCGAUUGAUACAGGAAAUCUUUCAACAUUCGGGAGAAACAAUUCAUAGACACUUUCAUAGUGUUUUAAAGGCGAUUUGUGAGCUUGCAAGAGAUAUAAUUAGACCACAUCAAAAUUAUAAUGAUGGUACAGGAGCUCACAAGCCAUGUAAUGGUCGAUAUCUCCCUUUCUUUAGAGAUUGUAUUGGAGCACUUGAUGGAACACAUGUUAAAGCAAGAUUACCGCAAGGUCAAGAGAUACCAUAUAUUGGACGUAAAGGUUAUCCGACUCAAAAUAUUCUUGUUGUCGUAGAUUUUAAUAUGUGUUUUACAUUUGCAUGGGCUGGGUGGGAAGGAGCAGCUCACGAUAGUCGUAUAUUUGGUGAGGCCCUUCGUAGACCAGAACUAAACUUUCCACAUCCAAUUGGAAACAAGUAUUAUCUAGUUGAUGCAGGAUAUCCUCACAUGAAGGGAUAUAUGGCUCCAUACAAAGGAGAUAAUAGCGCACAUUUGGGGUUUGGAAAGCAAGAUGGUCUAUUUUUGCGAGACAUGCCUUUCUAUCACAUUGACACUCAAAGAGACAUCGUACUUGCUACCAUGGCCAUUCAUAACUAUAUUAGAAAGAAAUGCAAUAUGGAUGAUGCAUUCCGAGCAGCUGAGAAUGAGAGAUAUGUUCCAUCUGUUGAUCCUGAUGUUGGUACAUCUUUGAGAGCUAAUAACAAUAUAAAUGCGAAAAAUGUGGAAGAGCAAAGUGAUCUUGUUUGGAUGGGUCUUCGCGAUUUGAUUGCUAAUGAAAUUUGUGAAGCUUGA